AACCAAACCUUCUGAAAUAAAACUCAGUAUCAUGAACCAGGUGAAACACCACAGGCCUUUCUUCAAGACUCUCAUUCACAGAGAUGGGUCACUCCACAAACAUUAGCAAAUACCAACUUGGCCGGACCAUUGGAGAAGGCAGCUUCGCCAAGGUUAAGAUAGCCAUAAACACUCAGACCCGACAGAGGGUUGCUGUAAAGGUCAUAGAUAAACAAAUGGUCGUAGAAAGCAAACUCAUGUCUCAGGUGCAGAGGGAGAUUAGCAACAUGAAGCUACUGCAUCAUCCUAACAUCGUAAAAAUCUAUGAGGUUGCAGCAACAAAGACAAAGAUCUUUAUUGUAAUGGAGUACAUAUCAGGAGGUCAACUUGCAGAUAAGAUUUCGUACCUUAAGAGGAUAUCUGAUGAGCAGGCUAGAAAGUACUUCCAGCAGUUGAUUGAUGCUGUGGAUUACUGUCACCGAAGAGGAGUGUAUCACAGAGAUUUAAAGCCUGAAAAUUUGCUUUUAGAUGGGAAGGAAAAUCUGAAGGUCUCAGAUUUUGGUUUGAGCACAUUGCGCAAGAGUAAUGGUUUGCUUUCUACUGCUUGUGGAUCCCCUAGCUAUCUUGCACCUGAGGUGAUUGCACAUAGAAGCUAUGAUGGAGGAGCUGCAGAUAUCUGGUCUUGUGGAGUUAUCCUUUAUGAACUACUGGCAGGAUAUUUGCCAUUUGAAGAUCACAACAUGAUGGCAAUGUAUCAAAAGAUAUGCAAAGCAGAGUACUCUUGUCCUGUGUGGUUCUCAGGUAGUCACAGAAAGCUUCUAUUCAGAAUACUGGAUCCAAUGCCUACCAGGCGAAUGACAGUAGCAGAGAUUCUUGAAGAUGAAUGGUUUCAAAAAAAUUAUGAACCCUCUGUAGGAUACAUGGAUGAUGAGAGCAUAAAUGUGGACGAUAUCAAUGAUGCAUUUGAUGGAAUAGCUCAGGAUGCUGAUAAACCAGAGAAAGAGAAGACUGCAAAUUUCAUCAAUGCUUUCCAACUGAUAGCCAUGUCUAAUGACCUAGACUUAUCUGGACUUUUCGAGGAAGAGGACGACUACACAAGGAAAAAGAGGUUUGGAUCGAAGCAUUCAAUCAGUGAGACAGUCAUGAAAAUUGAAGUAGCUGCAAAAGAUGCCAGGCUCUCAGUGGAAAGAAUGAAUCACUCUAAGCUAAAACUUCACGAAUUGGGAAGGAAAAAGAGCAGAUCAUAUUUUGCAUUAUCAGCAGAGGUGAUUGAGGUGGCUCCAACGCAUUGUGUGGUAGAAGUAUCAAAAUCUGCAGGGAACAUAUCAGAAUACAAAAAGUUCUGUCAAAGCUUAUCAAAUGUGCUAAAGGAGAAAUUCAACAGUUCAUCAGAAACACAAUUUUUCUCUAGCAGGGAUAUGAACAAAGAAGCAGCAAUAAAAAAAUCUCGAAGCUUAGAGGCGAUUUGUAGCAAGAGGGGUACAGAAGAACUUCAAGGCUAUUCUACCUCAUAAGAUUCACACUGCAAUGUCCUUAAAAAGUAUUUCAGGGAAUCACCAAGUUUCGAUGUUCCUCAAACAAAACAAAGAGAAGAUACAGUGGUCAUUGUAUUCUCCAUACCAGAUGUGCCAAGUUGACAUCCAAAAAUAAAGAAGAAUAUAACCUUUGCAGACUCCGUCGUCAACUAAUUCCAUUCUUGCCUGAGAUGGCAUUCAUCUGACCGAUAUUCUUUUGAUUUUUUACCCCUGCUUUCUUGCUCUGUUUUGAUUUUACACAACUUUGUUUUUGGAGUCUGUGAAACUUAUUAUCGGCUUAAACUUUGUCGAACUCGAACCCAAUGGUAUGGAAGUUUUCAAAUAACAGAAAAUUAGGGAACAUUAGAUGUCAUUUUAGUGAUAAUUCGGCAAAUGAUCACAGCCCAAGGAAUCCAAAAAUUGGAGGUUUUGAACUCCUUUUUUCCCCUAACCCAAGGAGCAAAACCAUCAUUUUGCUAAAUAGAGGGAUUUCAUGUAUAAAUCCACUUAAGCCUUGGCAACUUUAACCCCUGCUUCAUAUAAAAUGUUUAAACAUCUAAAAGUUCACCUAAAUUGAUUGGGACUCUCAAAAACAUUCUGCAUAAGUGUUUCUGUUACAAAGGAAAUUGAGACCAGCCAGUUCACCGUGAAAUCAGAACCUAAUGCACCAACCAUUGGGACCAGUCAAAAGGCCCUUCCAGUCAAAUUUUCUGUUUUUCUGAAUUUUGGAAAGGAACCCAACCAGAUAGGAUUGCAGUUCUUGAAGGGUGACUGUGGGGUGUGGUUUUUUAUAAAUUCCAAUUCAAACGCAGUCAUAGUACUGCAAAACAUGAAUUAGAUGGUGAAGCCUCAUGCUAAAAAAGGUGGCAGGCAUCAAGUUUAAGAUGAUGAUCAUAAUGAUGAUGACAAUACAUGCUUACCAAGAUGGUCAAUCAGCAUGACAUGUCUAAUAACACAAUCAUUAGAAACAAAAUGACUAAGAAAAACCUGGUGUCAAGAAAAGGACUUAAGCAGAACCAUAUGAAUGACUAUAAGAAAACAAAAAGGGGUGUAGAUUGUAUGAAGUUCUUUCCCCAUUAUUUGAUAAUACAGGUUGGAAAGGAGUUUGUACACUAAUGAUUGAGAAAUCUAGGAAGAACCAAUGAAACAACUGGGACCUGAUAAAAAAUAAGGAGCAUAAACGUCAGGAAACAGGAAAACUGUGGGCCAUAUGCAAGAUAAGUGAACCCAGGCAUAUGUGUCUCAAAUUUGGAACUGUACCAGUUUGCGAAAGAAAUUUCCUAUGAAAUGGUUCCCACCUAAAUUUGACUUUGCUUGGCCAUGCCUUAAGCACAUUGACAUGUGAGAUUUUUUUUUUUGAGAGAAUACAUGGGAGAAAUUAACUGGAAUGAAAUAAGGAGUGCUCAGAAAUUCCUCACUUACUUCAAGACCCCUUCGUCCUUGAUUAUUUGACGCAAUCUCCUUUCCACUGGAAAUUGCUUAAAGCAAGAUCAUUGCAAUUUCUCAAGUAAGUGUCCCCAGUUGAUAAAAGACAAGUAGAUCUUGGUUUAGCAUAUGCCAGUUUGACUUUCUCCUCCCCAGUGUUGAAAAAGGCACCCACCCAAGUGCCUAGGAGGCCGGAAGCCCUGGGCGCAUCACCCAGGGCUAGCGGGCAGGUGGGAGGGGUAUGCCACAUGGCCGGUGCCUAGGCAGCCCGCAACAAAUGACGGAGAGAGGGGCGAAAAUGCCCCCUGGGUAGGGGUAAUUUUGGUCUUCUUGCCCCUUCUUUCUUUGUUUAAAGACUAGGGGUGGUAAUUUAACCCCCCAAAAUAUUAUUUAGAACUACUAUAUAAUAUUAUUUAUAAUCACAUUAUCAUAAUAUGGUAAAUUAAUAUAUUAUUAAUACAUGCUUCACUGUCAGCAUGUGUCAAUGAUGUUUCUUAAAAAAGUAAUUUACUAUUGAUA